AUGAGGGAAAGAUUGUUGAAUCCACGUAUUAUUCUUCUUGAUUGCCCCCUUGAAUACAAGAAAGGCGAGAUACCGUUUAACAAAGAUGUGGUUGCCCCUGGCAAAAUGAGGAGAAAGAUUGUGAAUCCACGUAUUAUUCUUCUUGAUUGCCCCCUUGAAUACAAGAAAGGCGAGAACCAAACAAAUGCUGAGUUGGUUAAAGAAGAAGACUGGGGAGUUCUAUUGAAAAUGGAAGAGGAAUAUAUCGAGGGCAUGUGUAUGCAGAUUCUAAAAUUUAAACCAGAUCUGGUUAUAACAGAAAAAGGUCUUAGCGAUUUGGCAUGCCAUUAUCUGAGCAAGGCUGGUGUCAGUGCAAUCAGGAGGCUGAGGAAGACAGACAAUAAUAGAAUUGCAAAGGCAUGUGGGGCUGUUAUUGUGAACAGACCAGAAGAAUUGCAAGAGUCUGAUGUUGGUACUGGAGCUGGGCUAUUCGAGGUUAAGAAAAUUGGGGAUGAGUUCUUUUCUUUCAUUGUUGAUUGCAAAGAUCCAAAGGCUUGCACAGUUCUCUUGAGAGGUGCCAGUAAAGAUCUGCUGAAUGAAGUGGAAAGAAAUUUGCAGGAUGCCAUGUCUGUGGCCAGAAACAUACUUAAGAAUCCAAAACUUGUUCCUGGUGGUGGUGCUACAGAGUUAACUGUCUCUGCCACUUUGAAGCAAAAGAGUUCGUCCAUUGAAGGAAUAGAAAAGUGGCCUUAUGAAGCUGCUGCAAUAGCUUUUGAGGCUAUACCACGAACUUUGGCUCAGAAUUGUGGUGUUAAUGUGAUUCGGACCAUGACUGCGCUCCAAGGAAAACAUGCAAAUGGUGACAAUGCAUGGAUUGGCAUUGAUGGGAACACUGGCGAAAUUACUGAUAUGAAAGAGAGGAAGAUAUGGGACGCAUAUAAUGUAAAAGCACAAACCUUCAAGACAGCAAUAGAAGCAGCCUCCAUGCUUCUGAGAAUUGACGACAUUGUAAGUGGGAUCAAGAAGAAACAGGCCCCAGGAGCUGGGCAAGCUGGCAAGCCUAAGAUUGAGACAGAAGCAGAUGCAGACGGUGAGCAGAUUCUUCCUGACUGAAGAUAUUUAGCUUGCUUUCCUUGAGACCCCCCAAAAAAAAUUUUGUUCAAGGGAUCAAAGCAUCAUUGAUUAAAAUUUUUUGGGCACUUUUCUGCUUGUUAGUAGUGUUCAAUCGGAACUUGAUCGUAACCAAAUUUUGGAAUUUUGUCUCAUGUACAUUAGGUUGGUAGCUUCUUGUGUCACUGAGUGUUUGUUGAUCUAUGAUCAUGGCCUCUGUAUUUCUAGUGUGCUUCAGAAUGUAUGAUUGUUUUGCGAUGAUAA